AAGAUUUUCCAGGCUAAUAAAUACAACUUAAAUUUCCCAUCCGGAAAACAAACCCUUUCUUGUAUUUCAUUCUUUGUUUGAAGACUAAUUUUUCAGCUUCUGGUUUUGGUAAACUUCCAGUAAAAAGUUUCCUGGCCCUGGCGCCCACUUUAAACAAUACGGCUUGGAGAAAUUCACCUCGUCAUACUUCGAUAUCAUUUUGAUAUCAAUUUUAUUAAUCACCUCGAUUAAUAAAAUAUUUAAUAAUCGAAACCCCCUCUUAUGCUGAGCUACCGUGCUGGCAAUACUUUUAUUGCUACCUGUGGUGAAUUCUUUCACCUGUUUGUCAUAUCGACUGACGUUUCCCGUAAAGUGUCAUAAGGCGUUUUUUAUUGGUAAAUUUAUACGCAGCGCAGCAAAAUCUUACACACUAAACAACAACAAAGAAAUAGUGCGGAUAAAUAAGGCAGCAAAAAUAGUGCAUAUAAAUAGUUUAUAUAAAGUUUUGGAGUGCUGGAAUAGAAUGACACUUCAUCCAGUUCCAGAAAUAUUUUUUACUUAAAGGUUGGCAGGAUUUUAUUAUUUGGGGAUGCGUUCGUAUUUUUGUUGUGCUCUGUUUUCACUAGAAUAAAAAUAAAUUGGUUUGAAAUAUUAAUCUACGAUUAGACUGUCAACGUAAAUAUUCAAUGCGUUGACUACUUGACAUCACCCAAAAAUCAUCAAUAAUCACAGUGCUAUCUUUAAAUUGACGUGUGAUGUGUGUUAGGACUCGCCCAAACCCAAAGCGAAACAUUUUAUGCGAAAACAUAACUUCCGUCAUUGGUCGGGUUUAAAGGCUCUUCCAAACCAACGCGAAAGUGGCACAUUCACCGACGCGGCAUUGUUUGUCAUUUUUGUUAUCGUUGUGAAUGAUUCGCCCUGAUUCGCUUCGUGUCAGUUAUCGCAGUGUAAGUUUAUUUUGAGAAGAGAAAGUUUAAUUGUAUCGCUGAAUGUUUCGCGUUGAAAACUGAGUUGCCAGCAAAUGGGAACCUGUAGGCAAGACGGGCUUACGGGGAAGGACAAAAUCUCCCCUCACACCCUUCUGUUGGCUUUUUUGGCUUUUAGUGCGUGUCUACAUUAGAUUUUUAAUGCUGGGUUUUAUUAUGUUCGUUGUGUCCAUACGAUGAAGAGAAAAUCAAUCUGCAGAUCCCUAUCUCACACCCUUGAAAUCUAUCUAUCUUUCACUCAUACAAUACGAAAUCUUUCAUGUUGAAUCCAAGAAUAUUGUUUGCAUUUGGGCUUUAAUCUACCCAUCUCUCUCUUUUUCACUCACAUAUAAUCUACCUCUCACUGCUGGCACCUAACAUUAUGUAAAACUUUGAUGUGGAGAGGCACUCUUAUGUCAUUUCAAUCUUUCAAUUCAUACUCAACUCUAUUCUGACUGAACCUGCAUGUACACAUUAAUUUGAACUCUUAUUCAACUUUACAUAAAAACAAUAAUACUUUUUCAACACAUCCCUUGAGUACGUAAUUUCAAAACUGUUAUUUGGUGGCUCCGACUCUGAGUGAAAAGAAACAAAACAAAACAAAACAAAUAAUUCGUGGACAAUGGAGAAAAGAUCUAAACGUUGGACCACUGAUGAAACGAAAGCAUUUUUGCAUUUUUAUGCUGCCAGGAAGGAGCGAUUUAGCCAUCCAAGGAAAGAACGUUCGGCGUAUGGAAGCGUUGCUGAAGGCAUGAUUGCGGCUGGCUUUGUAAUUAUUAUGAACUUAAUUUGAUUAACUAAUAAAUGUUUAACAUAUUUUUCAGGGCUCGGGUUUCACAUCGCGACAUCUUGAGGUGAAGAUGCAGACGCUGCUGAGGGCGUACAGAGACGCUAAGGACAAUAAUGGUAGAACUGGUGCAUCUCCUUGUAUUGCACCGUUCUUAGAGGAAAUGGACGAGCUAUUUGGUAAAAAGCCAAAUUUUGCAAAAAGCGAUUCGUAUAAUUUUGGUGCCAAAAGUGUUUCGAGUUCAGGUGCAACAGUUUCAUCACCGAAUACGUCCUCAGCAGCACCAUUAUUCAGCUCCUCAGAAACGUUUGAGUCUCCUGUCUCAAAUGAUUCAGAUUUUUUUGAUGUGGAUGUAGAGUUUUUUUUGGAAGAAGCUGCGGCCUGUUCAUCUUCAUUACCAACAACAACACCACCAUCACCAACACCACCACCACCAACAACAACAACACUACUAACAACAACUACACCACCAACAAGAACACCAGCAACAUCAAGGCGAGCCGCAAUAAAAAAAAGGGCUAUGUCACGCUCCGACUACUAUAAAGAAAAAAUAAUGCAGAGGCAGCGCGAAGCGGAAAGAGUGGAAGAACGUUUCCAAGAGCGUCAACAGGCCAGGGCACAGCUACAGCUAAAAAAAGCGGAGGAUCGUAAAAAGAAAUACGAGUUAAUAGAAAAACUGCUAUCGAAAUAAAAACCUUUUUUGUUUCGUUAUCCAUUUUAAUUUUUUUCUUUUAAGUAAUUAUUCUUUUUGUUGACAGCUGGUUUUGACAUAAGUAUGCUUGCACAGAUACCAACUUGGAAAUUUAAAAUAAGAGUGCAUAUAAUAGUGAACAUAUGUUUUAUUCACACUUUCCAUUACUGCACUUACUUUCCAUUACUGCACAAGCUUAUAAUUUACCAAUAAAAUACGCCUAUAAUAACUCUCGCGGCACAUCCGAGGUGUGCAACUUCGAUUUUGGUUUAAAUAAAAUAAAGAACUUAAUUCGCAUCUUCGACAAUAUUGGAUUCGGAAAUCCAAUAUUGUUUUUAAAACAAUCUGAAUUAUAUUCAGUCCGUCGGGCCGGUAUUACGGUGGAAAAUUUCAAUAGCCUAGCCUAAGAGUCGCUGCUCGUCGUGCUAAUGAACUGAUGUGCAUUAUUCAAAAUUUAGAGCACCAUGAAUGGCUUGAUGAGAACGACGUAGACAUUCCAAAAUCGGAUGAAAGUGAGCAGACUCACAACACUGAGCAGCAAUCCCAGCAAUCCAAUGUCAUCGAAAACUUAGAAUCAUGGAUCCGGGUUUCAUGGACUGAAGACUGUUAAUUUGGAUUUAAUAUGUGUACCAAAAAUUUAAAAUAAGUUUGUUUUGUUCGUAAGAUUAUAAUAUUUAUUUUUGUCACUUACUCUAUGUUAAAUACUGUAUCAGUAAAAUCUAAUCUCUAUCCUAAAUCUUUUUUCUUAUUUUUUAAAUUAUAAUUAAUAUAAAAUUAUAAUUAUAAUAUAAAGAAAAUACAUUUUUAAUUGAAAAAUGUUUACGUAAGCAUGGGGGAGGGGGUACGAGCUUUGCUUACUUUUGCUGACAAGUGGGAUGGGGGGGGUAAAUAAUUGUAAUACGUAGGUAAUAUUUGAACGGCCCCUAAUUCCUUUGUAGCUCAUAACAAGAAAGUUGAUCGGAAUACAAAAUUAAUGGAGCGUUUUAUAUAUACAGUAGUUUUGUUAGACAAACAAGAGCAGGCAUUCCGAGGUCACUAUGAAAUGCCGGAUUCCAAUAAUCGUGGAAAUUAUAUUGAGACUUUAUUGUAUCUCUCAAAGUAUGACUCUUUAAUGGAAACUCAUUUAGUGGAUGUGAAUACGGUUUUAUGGAAAGAUAACAAGUGUGUUCGUUUGGCAUCCACCGUAGGCAUUGAAUCGUUUGAAAAAUUCAACCGUGAUCAAACUAUAGCUAAGGCAGCUCGAUAUAACAGAAAACACAAAAAUUUUGUCGAAAUAAACUACGGGAAUAUAAUGCGCAUAUGGGUGGAGUUGACCUUAUGGAUGGGCUUAUGGGUCGGUAUUGGAAAGAGAGCUGUCCCCCCCGUUGAUGAUGUUCGUUUUGAUGGAGAAAACUGAAAACUGAAACUGAACUGAAAAAAUUGUUUCUUAUUUUAAUACAAAAAUACAAAAUUGGAAAAAGAAAUCCGUCGUAAGAUGAAAUUAAUGUAAAUUUUUUCCUCAUCAAACUUAAAUACUCAUAAUAUAUUUAUUUUCAGAUUCCAGAGACUUCAUAAUUUUAAAUUUAUUACACUCUGUAUUAAAAUCGCCCAUACUUGCAGUAGGAAAAAGGGGUGAAAAAAAAAUAAAGUGGAAGCCGAGCAUUAAAGACUCCCAAGACUCAUGCUUUAUAUAUUGUUCAACUAAAACGCAAUACGAAGAGAAGGUGAAUUUAUUACGAGAAAAAUAUAUAUCCAAAGGACUUACUCUUCAGCCUCUUAUAUUAGCAGUAGGGCCAGAAUUAUGUAAGAUUGAACCAUUUUUCACAUUAUAUGAUGAUAUUUUAUACAAAUUUUUCACAUUACUCAAAUGUUUCGAUGUAACCUUUAAAUUAUUCCAUGUUAUG